AUGCAAGUCCAGGCAGUUGUUAGAAUUCUGCAAAUUUUAAAGAUGACAAAAACAAUGCAAGUUCCCCUGUCCUAUGCUGAGGACAUCAUUGGGAUUGGUGGAGCAAACAUUGCAUACAUUCGUCGUACAAGUGGAGCAAUUCUUACUGUACAAGAGAGUAUGGGCUUACCUGAUGAGAUUACUGUUGAAAUUAAGGGCACUUCUUCACAAGUUCAGGCAGCUGAACAACUUAUUCAGGUAGGACCAUCGGAUUUCUAG